AUGCAGCCGAUUAGGUACGAGAAGGUGGCUUGUGAGGAGCUCCAGCAGGAGAGCCGCGACAGUGGGGAAGAGCUUACUUCCUCAGUGUCCGCUUGUCUCGAGACCUGCGCGCUGCUCAAUUCCGAUAGUGAGAGCGAAGAGGAUGAUGAGCUGCUCAACUCUGUGCCACCUUGGCUGAACCGAUGCGUGUGCGGCGUGCCCGCAGAAGUUCAGCGGAUCGUGAAAGAGAAGAACGACUCCCGUGUCGGGAGAAAACUGACGAUGUUCGAUACUGCCGGGCCGGCCGUCCGACUGUUGUGGCCCGCCACCAUUCUGCACAUCUGCUUUGCUGCUGCCCUGCCUUGGCUAGCCAGACCCUACACGCGCUGCGAAGGGGACGGAAAAUCCGUCUACCCAGGCUGGCUGUGGCUUGGCUUUCUGCCCUUCGUGCUUACGAUGCUGGCGAUUGAGUGGCGCUGCUUCACCUUCACGGUGGUGCCGAUGUUACAGUGGAUACAGGACGGCGCAUUGCGGGCGACACUUGACCAUCGGAAGGGUUCAUCGAUCUUGCUGCCCCCCUUUCCCAACUUGGCGGCGGCAGAAUUAGCCUCAGUUGCCCCAUUUGUCCCUCCACACAACUAG